CCAACCUUCGGGCACAAUCAAGAUGCCCAAGAGGUCACAGGUGGAAAAGAAAAGCAAGUUUUCGCGUAUUGCGCUGACCACAAUUGUUAUCCCUUUGGUCCUCUGCGUCAUUUUAUCCUUCGUCAGUACCUGCUUCCUCAUUGUAAAACUUAUAAUGAAUGACAUGAGUGCAAUGGAAAAUGCCAAGAUGAACGCCAGGCUAGACUAUUUGACCAAACUCACCGAGCGUCAACAAUUGCUGAUUCCUUACAAAUUAUCGAUAAACUGCACUCUUGCUCAUUCGUACUCGGCAAAUUUGACGCAGUUGUCCAAUGGAAAAAAAUACUUAUUCUCGUUUACAAAUGAAGCGGCCUGGGCCGUGGCCAACGAAAACUGCAAGGGGAUGGGCCUUCACCUGGCCACCCCCAGGGACCACGACGACCUGAUCAAAAUCUGGAGAGAAGCAAAGAAAAGAAGCACCAGGUACGGAGACGGAAUGUGGCUUUCGGCGAGGAAUUAUGGAAGUGGAGGAAAGUACGAAGUUCGUUGGCACGACGGCUCAGAGCUGCAGGAAAACAGCACCUUGUGGCGGAACGAAGCUGACAAAAAGAGCUGCGUCUAUUUCUACACCUACAAAACCGAAAAAUUGAACAGCGCGACGUGCACUAGUGAAACACCUUUUAUUUGCGAACUGCCGAGCGAAUGUUACUGACAAAAUGAGCAAAAUCUCUCGGAAAAUAAGCUCCAUUAAUUUAUUUUUCCAAUCUAAAAAAUCUGCAAUGAGACUUACUGAUAGAUUAUUCAUAUUUAAAAAGAUCUCUAAAUAUAAUUUGACAAGUAGGUCUUUUAAAUUUGUUUUUUAUGAUGAUUAUUUGUAUAUACCAUGACUAUUUUAAGUGUUUAAAAUCCUGUUUAAAUUUGAGCUUAAAUAUCCUUGCACACCAACAAUUAUUUUUUGUA